ACAUAAGAGCGCCUCGCCUGCACAAGUUGAUAGAUGCAAGAGGAGAGCGCUGCAGACGACACCUGGAGCGAUAGAGAGCUGAAGCUACCGACGGCACCAUGCGGUUCUACGUGAUGAUCCUCCUGCUGGGACUGUCCUGUGUCUGUCUCACGCUGGCACAAGUGUCCUAUGAAGACUGCUGUCUGAGGUAUGUGAAAAGCAUAAGCCAGAGACAUGCAGUGGGUUACAGAGUGCAGGAGCAGGACGGCGGCUGCAACAUCCCGGCUGUGAUCUUCAUCAUGAAGAGGGGGCGUGUGUUUUGCACCAACCCCAAAGAUCCAUGGGUCCAGACUCUGAUGGAUAAGAUCGACCAAAGGGGAAGAAAUGCUAAAAGACCCGGGAGACGGCCCUAUCGACUGCAGAAGAACAGAGGCUGAGGGCGUCGGCCUGCUGCCCCGCGUGUGUCCCUCCGCCCCCUCUGGCAAAAUCUUAACAUUGAGCAACAGUGGUGGUUUUAUGGCAUCUGACUGGCAGGCAGCUGAGGAGCUCUGCCAAAUCCUGGAGCAUCAUAUCUUUAGUUUCACUCUCCAGAAGGACGAGGGGCAAAAGCUUGUGUGAAUAAAAAAAACUUUGUUCUCCGGGGGUUGAACGGCGGAUGUGACUGAGUGGUCUCCAGAUGAUGCUUUCAAAUACAUAGAUGCAUUCAACAGCUGCUUCAGUGAGAGCCUGUUCUCGCCUUUUAAGACAUCCGAUUUUCAAUAAGCUGCUUAAUCACACAAAUGGUGAUGGAAUCUAAACACUGGUAAUUAAUAAAAUAUUUCUUGUGUGACGUACCCGUGCUUCUAUCAAAUAUGUGUGUGUAUGAAAACACUAAUUGCUUAAAUAGUUUCUGCAAAGUGUGUCAUAAUAAAAGAGAAGCUCCUGUCUUCAUUCCUAAAUGUCUAUAUUUUCAUAUAUUUUGUAUUCAGGUUUUGUUGUAUUUUGCAGUGUGUGUUCAAAUAAAAGCAUUUAUUACACUAAACAA